AUGAGCUACGUGUUGAUGCCCUCCGAGAUUGCUCGGCUCGUUUACGGUUACAUUGACGAUCUUGAUGGAUGCAAAGACGUUGCUAAACAGUUUUUGGAGACGUGCCCGUUGCUACGAGAGUUUGCAGAGGGUUUCCGUUGUGGUGCAAGGUACUCUGCAAAGAUCAACAACAGAACGCUGCUUGACUUUCUCCAGAAUCUUCCUGAAGAAAGGAGUGAUAACUCGAUCUCAACAAACUCAUUAAAACCGUUCAAUGAGGAUUUGCUCAUCUCUACCGUAAAAGCCACCAUUACAAAAACAUUUGAAGAUGCUUUACGAAAAGAGUCAGCCAAUAGCAGUAGAUCAUUUAGUCAAAUCAAAGAAGAACAAGCUGAAUUGAAGUCAAUUCUAAAGAGGGAUCUACUUCCGAAGAUUCGAGAAGUUGUAAAAGAUGCCGAAAGCAACAUACUGCAAUCAUUUCGUGAUCAGAACAACAUUAACUCUUCUGGAAGCACUCACUUGCUGAAAACGCCAAAGAGGAAUCACAAGUAUCAAGGAUUUACCCAGCAGGACCUUGAGAAUGGGCUGGCAAACACUUCAAAGGCUCCAUUUUCACCCGCUGCGCAUUCUUCGAUGUUGAGUACGCCAAAACGAAAAAGCACGACUCCGAGGCGACUAGCUCCUCACACUUCCAGUGCUGGACAGUAUUUAGCAUCGAGGAUACCGUCAGAACAACCUCAAGACUCUCCUCAGAUUUCGUUUCAAAGUAACUCGCCAUACACCGACCCACCGUCACAGUACUCGCAAAUUUCAGCCUUUACCUCAUCACCUGGAUGCACCGAUUCAUCUGAACUUGAUCUCCAAACGUUCCAAAAUCAGGUGCUAAGCGAUUUUGUUGAAUGUGGCAGCAAGCCUGAAGUGGCUAAUCGUUUAGCUGGCCUGAUCAACAGUGCGCUCGAACCUUUUAGGCCAAGCAACACGGCCUCCAUUGAAGAAACCAAUAAUGAUGCGGCUAUUCAACAGAGUAUGCAACAGCAGCAACAACAACAACCGCUUUCAAAUAAUGCCGUCAGUACUGAUACUCAAAAUGAUAACCAUAUGUUUAACCAUCCGGACCAAAUGACCGAGUUUCUCGGCACUGCGACCAAUGCCUGUAAUGAAGAUCCUGAUUUGAAGAGCAUGGUGGACAGUAUCAUUUUUUAUACGCCAUUCAAGUCGUUUAUGCCAGUUACUCCCAGCUCCGGCUCUACCUCUAACGGCUCACUGAACACUCCUCUGGUGAACUUUUGCGAUACUUUGUCAAACAAGGAAAAUACCGGAAACACUGAUUUGAUGCCUGUGAAAAAUUUCAACAGGCAGCUUGCAUCACCUGCAAAGAACAACAACUCACAGUCUCGGCUCGAGUCGUCACUUUCAUCCGUUUCUAACUCGUUUAACAAUGCUUCUGCUGGUAGUGAUGACAUUCAUAAUGUGACCGUCGUUGAAUCCACCGCAAAGCAUAAUACCUCGACAAACAGUGCUGAAAACAACUCGUCUUACCUGUCUUGUAAUGAUUCGAGUAGCAGUAUGGCUAAUGCGUCUUUAAGCAAGUCCAAACCAUCAACAAGUUCGCAAUCACACCGAAUGGACACAUCCCUCAACAGUAAUGAGCCAAACGGUGGAAGGCCAACUCAGUCAUCAUCAUCAUCAAUAUCCAAACCUGUAUUUUUAAAUCAGCAUCUAAAAAGCAGCUCAAACACCAGCAAAAAGCCAUCCUUUUCUCGGCUAGUAGCUCAACAGGAGAGUAUUAAAAAGUCACUGAAUUACUCUGGCACGUUUGAUGUCAGCUUUAGCAGCUCCAAAACUGAAAAAGAAAAGCUCGUAGCUGUACCAUCAAAGGCCAAUAAAGGGCCGUCAUCAUCUAGUCAAGGGCGCCUUCCGCUGACAACGACCAUAACUAAAGUAAGCGAAGGCGUCGACCCACCGACGAAGAUUCCUACAACAAAUUCCACCGCCAGCUCAGUUCAGACGAUCGGCUUUCAGGCAGUCAGUAGUCAUCAGGUGAUCAGCAGCACUCAGGCGAACAUCUCAGCCUCUCAGCCGACGCAAACGACUUUCAUCGUUCCACCGGGCAUGACGCUUUGGGAUCCUGACACCGGCAUUGCCACCAACACCGCCGACCAGCCGCUCAUUGUUCAAGGGAACUAUCAGCUGUGUGACUUUCAAACGCAAAUCAGCAGCACCAGUCAGAACAUCUACUUACCUCCUAACUUUGGAAAAGGUGCCGGCAAUCAGCAGCAGGCAGAGACUGCGACUGCGGCAAUCACCACCUCGUCGAUGCCCAUGAUCAGUCUGGUUAAUGCGGGAAACUCGAGACUGAUAACCGAUAAUUCAAAUACUAAUUUUAACGGGAACAGAAAGUCGGCAUCGAACAACAGACCGAGCAUUUUGUCAAAGUCUGGCCCCAACAGCCCAUUCUGCAAAGGGCCCACUUCACAAAGUGCACACCGGCAGCUGUCUGGCGAUCCAGCAUCGCCAACCUUGCGAUCUCGAAAGGAGCCACGUAAAUCAAACCUCGGGAAAAGAUCAUUUCCGGAAGAUGAUGAUGAGCCGGCUGGACAAAGACAGACCGAUGAGCAGCGAUCACUGCCUAGCCAGCCCAAGAAGGGUGGAGCGAUUAAUGAUGGUCGAGUAAAGGCUUUGAUGACUGCCGACAUCGAUGUCUUUCUGCAAAAGGUUCACAAAGGUUCACAACCUAAUGUUGACAAUAAAAGGUCCAAUGAUGCUGGCAGCUCGAAAAAGCGUUCCUCAUCAGCCAGGUCAGAAAGGUCCCAGAAGAAAUCGCCCGGCAGUAAAGGUACCAAACGAUUUGGGGGAAAGGGUUCUAGAAAAUAG